AUGGAGGGUCAUGUUAUAUUCUUGGAGAUCAGCAAAAAGUCAGUUUAUGAACAGAGACUACAGAAUGUAGCUCGAGCAUGGAGACGAUCUGAAGUCCCAUCAGAGAAAUUAUUAUUGCUCCUUAAAGAAGGUUAUGGUGAACUGCCACAGGAUGAUGAUGUCAGAAAAAAUGCCACAGAAAAGAACGAUGACCCUGAGCACAAGCUGAAGAAUGACAGAAGCACAGAUAGCAGCGUGAUUUGCCAUCAGCAGCAACCACUUGCAACACCCCUGUUACAUCACCCUAUGGACAACCUGCAGCACUGUGCUCAACCUGUGAAGGCUAUCGAGAGGCUUCAUUUCACACCUACAACACCAUUUCACUCAGAGCUUAAAUAUAGCAACAGCUGUGAAUUUAGUGCAAGUCAUGCUUUGCAAGAAGUUCCAGUAGUACACCAGCCAUAUUGUACAAAGGACAAACCAUAUAAAUGUGCUGAAUGCAAUAAGUGUUUUUCAACCAGAAGUUGUCUAAAGCGCCAUCAGACCAUUCAUGUUGGUAGCAAACCAUAUCAGUGUACUGAGUGCAGUAAGUGUUUUACACAAAGAUCUAAUAUGAAGCAGCAUAUGGCUAUUCACACAGGAGCAAAACCAUACAAGUGUACUGAAUGCAGUAAGUGUUUUACAAAAAGAUCUAAUAUGAAGCAGCAUAUGGCUCUUCACACAGGAGCAAAAUCAUACAAGUGUACUGAAUGCAGUAAGUGUUUUUCAUAUAGAUGUCUCCUGAUACAACACCAGCUUAUUCAUACAGGUGCAAAGCCAUAUAAAUGCACUGAAUGUAGUAAGUGUUUCAUACAUAAACAAAGUUUAGUAUAUCACCAAGUGACUCAUACAGGUGCAAAGCCAUAUAAGUGUACUGAAUGUAGUAAGUGUUUCAAAAGGAGUGAUGAUAUGACACUCCAUAUGGCUAUUCACACAGGAGCAAAUCCAUACAAGUGUACUGAAUGUAGUAAAUGUUUGUCACGUAAAUGGAAAAUGAUACACCACGAGGCCACUCAUGCAGAGAAGAAAACAUAUAAAUGUGCUGAAUGUAAUAAGGGUUUCAUGCACCAAAAAAGCCUAAUGUCUCAUCAGACUGUUCACAAGCAGAGCAAACCAUAUAAGUGUACUGAAUGCAGUAAGUCUUUUUCAUGGAGGAGUAGCUUGAUCCGCCAUUGUGCCAUUCAUACAGGAAAGAAACCAUAUAAAUGUACUGAGUGCAAUAAGUGUUUUUUAUAUAACUGUUACCUGAUUCAGCAUCAAGCCACUCACAGAAGGAAAAAAAGUGAUGGGAAGAAAAACAACUACAUUAAAAAUUCUGCAUCGACAACUGUGGAAGCAGCGUCAUCUAACUCAGAAUUGGGAAAGCCGGCAACUACUGGUUUUCUAACAGUGCCAGAAACCUUUGAAGAUGUUGCUGUCACUUUCUCAGGAGAAGAAUGGAAGAUGUUAAGAAAACAAGACAAAGAACUUUACCGAGAAGUGAUGGUACAGAACUAUGAAACCCUGGUUUCAGUAGGAUACAAAAUCUCACCUGAAAAAUUAUUACUGCUUCUUAAAGAAGAUUGUGACGAACUGCAAAAGGAGGAAAUAGAGGGAGGAAAUGUCGGAGAAGAAAAGGAUAAUCUUGAAAACAAACUGAACAGUAUCAGAAGCUCAAAGUGUGGUGUGGGUUGCAGUCAGCAGCCAUCAGUUGAUACACCCCCAUUAUGUUAUCCUACACAGGACCUGCAGCACAGUGCGCAGCCCAAGAAGGGCUCCAACAGGCUUCAUCUUACACGUGUACUACAGCAUCACCCAGACCAUAACUACAGCAAGAGCUGUCAAUCUAGCGCAAGUCCAGUCAUUCAUCAGCGAUCUUACACAGCAGAGAGACCAUACAAAUGUACUGAAUCCAGUAAAUUUUUUUCACAGAAGGGUCAUCUGACAAAGCAUCAGUCCAUUCACCCAGUGAAAAAAGCUUACAAAUGUCCUGAAUGUAGCAAGUGUUUUUCACGUAGGAGUAAUCUGAAGUGCCAUCAAGCCAUUCACUUAGGGCAUAAAUACAAAUGUCCCAAAUGCAAUAAAUGCUUUUCACAGAUUGGUAAUGUGAAGCGCCAUCAGAUCAUUCACACAGGUGAAAAACCCUAUAAAUGCACUGAAUGCAGCAAGUCCUAUGGAACACAGAGUGGAUUCCUGUACCAUAAAAACUCUCACACAGGUGAAAAACCAUAUAAAUGCCUUGAAUGCAAUAAGUCCUACGGAACAAAGAGUGGACUUCUCUACCAUAAAAAUACCCACAUAGGUGAAAAACGAUAUAAAUGCACUGAAUGCAGUAAGUGCUUUUCCAGUAGUAGUAUUUUGAUGCGUCAUCGAAAUACACACAAAGGCGAGAAACCAUAUAAAUGUCCCGAUUGCAGUAAGAGUUUUUCACGUAGCAGUAAUUUGACGCGUCAUCAAACCACUCACAUGGGAGUAAAACCAUAUAAAUGUCCUGAAUGCAGUAAAUGUUUUUUCCAGAAAAGUGGUAUGAUACACCACCUAACCACACACACAGGAGUAAAACCAUAUAAAUGUACCGAAUGCAGUCAGUGUUUUUCAUAUAGUAAUAGUUUGAUGCGGCAUCAGUACAUUCAUUCAGGCGUGAAACCCUAUAAAUGUGCUGAAUGCAGUAAGUGCUUUUCACAGAGUACUGAUAUGAGACGCCAUCAGGCUAUUCACUCAGGAGUAAAACCAUAUAAAUGUCCCGAAUGCAGUAAGUGUUUUUCACAAAGCAGUGCUUUGAUGCGUCAUCAGGCUGUUCACACUGGACAGAAACCAUACAAGUGUCCUCUAUGCAAUAAGUGCUUUUCACAGAGUGGUCAUGUGAUGCGCCAUCAAACCAUUCACAUAGGAGAAAAAGAUACGCAGAUAAAUAUAAAGGGAAAGUACAAAAUAAGCAAUUUAAUGAUGACCCAAAAAGGAUUUAUAGAGAUGUGGGAAAUAAAGCAAAAGGAAUAAAAAAACACCAAAACGAGAAGAAAUUGUGUGUUUUUGGACGAGUAUUUAUGAAGACCCUACUGAAUAUAACAAAAAUACUGACUGGAUAAAAGAAUUAAAAGGAACAGUAAGGAGCUGUAAUGUCAGUGAUAUGAAAUGGUGUGAAGUAACAGCCAAAAAAAAAAAAAAUU